AUGGCAGGCAUUAGGAGAACCCGCGUCAUCUUUGCGCUGGUCAUCUCCAUCAUUCUCAUCCUCUUGUUCAGGGAAAACGACGCAAAUCCUCAGACAUCCGGAUGGAACCCCAACUCAACACCGGAGCAGCCACCGAGCGGCUCACUCAUCAACAUCGACAUUCCUCCUGAUCACAUCGAGGUGCCCAUUACCGACAACAACCUUGAGUUCCAGCCGCCGCCAAUACAGGCGCAACUCAUUCCCGACGCGCACAAACUCGCGACAGCCGAUGACUUUAUACCCCACUUCGCUGCCGUUGCCAAUAUCAAGGGCGUUUCCCAGCGGGAAGCCGGCGCAUCCUGUACCUGGCCAGCGGAUAUGUACGUCGACUUCCAAUUCUCAGACUCUUUGGAGUGGGUUAUGGAGGAUCGACCGGUGCUGGAAAUUGAGCUGCGCAGACGCGAGUGGCACGAUUUCGUCCAGGGCGGCAUGAUCCCAUACGCGCGCGUAAAGGAUCGCUUCACAGGGCGAGGGCUGGUCAUAGUCGCGGGCAACGCCGACACGGUGAUGCGCGUCAAGGUGAUUCUGCGUCAGCUGAAGAAACUCGGGUCGAAAAUUCCUAUUGAAAUUCACUACUGGGACACCGAGAUGAACAUUGGUGCCAUGGCGGACCUCAAUGCCCUCUACGAGCCAAUAUACUACAACGACUUGUCGAAAGAGCACAACAUUGUGCAUAUUAAGAAGGAUGGAAUCUUUGGGAUCAACUAUCAACUCAAGACGGCCGCAUUGCUCAAUUCGCGUUGGGCAGAACCUCUGCUACUAGACUCCGACAACAUUCCCAUGGUCGAUCCAUCGAUUCUCUACGAUUCGAUCCAGUAUACCGAAUACCACUCCGUAUUCUGGCCUGACAUUGCCCGUACGCGUCCUCAAAACCCCGCCUGGGCUAUCUUCAACACGCCAUGCCGAAUGGCCGAGCACGAGCAAGAGAGCGGACAGCUCCUGGUGGAUAAAAAGCGUUUCUGGUAUCACCUGCAGCUCGCCUCGUGGCUCAACAACGAGCAGGGGAAAUACUACAAUGAGAUAUUGCUAGGCGACAAGGACAUGUUCCGUUUUGCAUGGCACGCCCUGCGAACAAUGUUUGGAAAGCCCAAGAAAUGGGUCACGAGCGUCGGAACGGAGAAUGAUGGGUUCUACUGCGGGCAUUCUUUCGCGCAGCACCACCCAGACGAUGGCCGCGUCGCUUUCCUUCACGGAGGGCUUGUCAAGACUGCAUCUCUCGAAGUCAUGAGGUGGAAUCGGGACGCCAAGGGCGGAUAUCUGCGGCAUUACAAGAGGGCGCCGAGCGAAGAGAGUCCAGAAGUGAACGUCAACGUCGCCAUAAAAUGGGAUGGCGCUGCGUACAUGCCCCAGCACACUGAAAAGUUCGCAGCGGCUCAGUGCACCGACAUGUUUGAUGUCGAGGCUAGAGACUUGAAUGAGAUUUUACCUGGGGUCGAGCAGACGUUCCGAGAGAUCGGUGGGUACUGGCAGCUUGACCAGGAGGACGCGAUGAGGCUGGGUCCGCCUGGUUCUUGA